GUCUUGCGAGACUCUGGGUCUAGGCCCUCAGUGGCCAAUGCCGCUAACGGGCAAGUAGGCCAUGCCGCGGACACAAAGGCGGCGGCAAGCCCGCCUGUGGGUGCACUCACGGCUACAUGGGAGCAUAGCACCGUGCCCGUGUUGCUUGUUUUAGGCACGUCAUCUGCAAGUGCUCUGGCUGCGGCAAUGCUGCCUGAAAGCCAGCUGAGAUCUGGAACUGUCGCAAGUAAGCUCAGGCGUUCGGCUUCGCUCAUGCCGCCCACGGCGGUGGCGUUGGGGUUCAGCCCUAAAAUACGCUCACACUCAUCUGCCGUGGGGGUCUCAUACACUUUGGUCACAGUGUUGUACAGCGGAGAAAUGGCGCCAUGAGUUGCGCUCUUCACUUGCUUGCCUAACGCGCCAGGGAGUAGAGCGCGUACAGGCUGCCCUUUGGUACUGCACGGGUAGUAUGGAGCCCGGAGUUCCUUCCCUAAAGUUGGCGCGCGGUGAUCAGGGUUGAGGAGUUGCUGUAGGUCCCUACCAACGGGCCUCAGCGCCACGUUACUCAUAUGCCUCAGAGCUGCUGGAUCUGACACGUUUGUCCAUAGCUUGCAGAGCUGGUGUGCACAGGAUCCAUACCUAGCAGCGUCCGUGAGAACGGGUUCUCCUAAUGCCUCACACAAGGCGGCAUCGCGUGGGCGCUGCUCGUCGGCAGCUGUGGGCGUUGAAGGGACUGCGCAACCCAGGAUGAACGCGGCUGGCCUCUCCUGUGGGGGGCCCAUGAUUUUGGAGGGGGACUGCAUCGGGUUUUUUUGCCGCACCCACGACCCCUGGUUCGUGAAGAAGGUGAAGCUGGAGAUCCUGACCGCCAUCGCCUCCUCCAACAACGUGUACGACAUCGUCACGGAGCUCACCGAGUACGCCCGGGACAUAUCGCCCACCAUGGCGCGGGAGGCCGUGCGCGCGGUGGGCCGCAUCGCGCUGGCGGUGCCGGACUCGGGCGGCAUCAUCGAGCGCCUGCUCAUGUUCCUGGACGGUGGCUCGGAGCACCUGAUUGCGGAGGCGCUGGUGGCGCUGAAGGACGUGCUGCGGCGCUAUCCGGACGUGGCGGCGGUGUGUGUGGGCGGACUGGGCGAGCUGGGCGUGCACGGAGCCAUCGAGGAGCCGGCGGCGCGGGCCGCCUACGUGUGGAUCCUGGGGCAGUUCGGCACGCUGGUGCCGGACGCGCCCUACCUGCUGGAGGCCUUUGCCGACACCUUCGCCGCCGAGGAGCCGCCGGUGCGCCUGGCGCUGCUGUCCGCCGCCGCCGGGCUGUUCUUCCGCCGCCCGCCCGAGGCCAAGCCGCUGCUGGGCGCCGUGCUGGCGGCGGGCGCGGCGGACGCGGACGUGGAGGUGCGCGACCGGGCGCUGCUGUACUACAGGCUGCUGCGUGCCGACGCGGCCGCCGCAGAGCGCGUCAUCGCGCCGCCGCUGAUGACCGUGCCCUGGUUCAGCGAGACUCUCAGCGGCGAGGCCAAGGACGCCAUCUUCGCCGACUUCAACUCGCUGUCGGUGGUGUUCCAAAAGCCGGCCGCCGCCUUCAUUGAGCGGCAGGCCUACCACUCACUGGAGGCGGAGCCGGAGCCGCCCGUGGUCGCGCCCGCCACAGACCUGCUGGCUAUGGAGGCUCCGGAGCUGCUGGGAGCGGACCGCGCCACCAACCUGCUGGCGGACACGGAUGGAACCGACCUCAUGGGAGGAGGGCCCACAGGCGACGGCUCGGGCUCAGGGCCCGGAGGCGGCGGCGGGCCGGCAGACCUGUUGGACCUGGACAUCAGCGGGCUGGGGCUGGGCGGCGGCCCGUCGGGGCCGUCGGGCUCAGCAGCAGCGGGGCUGGGUGGGCUGGGAGGAGGAGGAGGAGGAGGAGGAGGAGGAGGCAUGGGUGGCGGCAUGGGUGGCUAUGGAGGGCCAGGAGGCCCGGGCGGGAUGAUGGGGCCGCAGGGCGGGUAUGGCAUGGGGCCGGGGCCGGGGCAGGCGGGUGGGCAGGCCGGCGGCUUCGCGCCGCCAACGCCGACCCUGGCGCCGACGCAUGGGGGUUCGCCGUUGGACCUGCUGGGCGGCUUCGGGCCUGGGACCAUGGGGCCGCAGCCGCCACAGCAGCACCAGCAGCAGCGGCCGCCGCCGCCGCACCAGCAGCAGCAGCAGCCAAUGCCGCCUCAGGGCAUGAUGGGCGCGCCGCCAGGGCACAUGCAGCAGCAGCAGCCGGGCAUGAUGAUGGGUGGGGGGCCAGGCGGCAUGGCGCCGCCCCUAGGCCAAGGUCUGGGAGGGCCCGGCGGCAUGCCUGGCAUGCAGUCGCCUCAGCAGCAGCCUCCACAGCCGCGGGGGCCACCGCCCAUGCAGCCGCAAGCGCCGCAGCCCGGGCCGCCGGGGUCCGUGCGCGGCCCCGGUGGUGGUGGUCUGGGUGGGGACCUGCUCGGGUUGGACGGCUUGGGGGGUGCGCCCGCGGCCGCCGCCCCGCAGGAGCUGGUCCUCAACCCCAAGGCGCGCGUGUCGCCCGGCGAGUUCCAGGCGGAGUGGAAGCGGUUGCCGUCCGCGCACAGCUCCAGUCUGUCUGUGAGCUCCGCCAACGUGGCCGCCAUCACCGCCAACAACCACCGCGACUUCACCACCCACAUGACGCAGGCCUACAUCCACACCAUCGCAAGCGGAGGCCAGUCGCCCAACUUCAGGUAUUACUUCUACGGCCAGACGCUGAGCGGCACCCUGUUCCUGGUGGAGAUGCUGCUGCGGGCCGACACCAGCGGAGGAGGCGGAGGCAGCGCGGCCACAACCGUGAAGACCGCCAGCCCCGACCCGGGCCAGCUGGCGGCGUUUGUGGAGCUGUGGAGCAACUGCCUGGCCGGGUUCAUGCUGGCGUGAUAGAUGAUGGAGGAGGGGGUGUCAGCAGGGGGCGGUAGGGACGAGGGUGAGGGCCGGGGCGGUGGAGGUGUUGGCAGGGCGUGGCAGCGGGGCAGCUGUAGUUCUUGUGUCGGGCGGGGUGUUGGUG